UUCAGUCUCUGACUGACAUUAUCUGUACAGAGGGAUCCAUGGCCGAUGGCUAGCUCUGAGCCUUUUCACAAUAUACAAUGCAAGCCUUCUCUCCCUCGUUCUCUGUUUGUUCUUCUUAUCCAUUACGGCGUCGUCGAAUCAGCACCGCCCCUCCCCGCAAACCUAAUCUCAGGCGGCUCACCUCCCGCGUCGUCCAACUCACUCGCCGGAGACAGCUUCACCAGAUAAUGGAGGAGAUAGAGAUGGCCAAAGAACGAUACGGGAAGCUGAACACCAUAGUGAUGAAUGCGGUCGUCGAGGCAUGUGUUCAUUGCGGCGAUAUCGACUCUGCUCUUAUGGUGUUUGAUGAAAUGUCUGACCCAGGAAGCUGCGGCGUCGAUACUGUCACAUAUGGUACCCUUUUGAAGGGUUUGGGCAGGGCUCGAAGAAUUGAUGAAGCGUUUCAAGUACUUGAAUCUGUGGAGCUAGGUACUGCCGUGGGAAGUCCAAAGUUGUCAGCACCUCUCGUUUUUGGUCUGCUCAAUGCUCUAGUUGAAGCAGGAGAUUUACGCCGUGCUAAUGGGCUUCUUGCACACUAUGGUUUUCUUCUCCGCGAAGGUGGCAGUCUUACACUCACAGUCUACAACUUAUUAAUGAAGGGAUAUAUCAAUGCAGGCAUUCCUCAGGGUGCGAUAACCAUGCACACAGAGAUAUUACGUCUAGGAUUAAAGCCUGAGAGGCUCACCUAUAAUACUCUAAUAUCUGCAUGUGUAAAAGCUGGAAAGUUGGACAUGGCAAUGCAGUUUUUUGAGGAAAUGAAGGACGAAGCACAGAAGUUUAGUCAUGGUGACCUUUUCCCAGAUGUCGUCACUUACACUACACUACUUAAGGGUUUUGGGCAUUCCAAAGAUAUCAAUUCAGUUCAGAAGAUUAUAUUGGAAAUGAAAACAUAUAUUGGUUUGUUUAUUGAUCGAACAGCAUACACUGCAGCUGUCGAUGCUUUGCUAGGCUGUGGCUCAAUGAAGGGUGCUUUAUGCAUUUUGGGAGAAAUACUAAAGCUGGCUGGUGGAAAUCCAGACUUGCGACCAAAACCUCACCUCUAUCUUUCCUUCAUGCGUGCCUUUGCUGUUAGAGGAGAUUAUACCACCGUGGAAAAUCUAAAAGAUCACAUGUGGCGAGAUACUGCUGGAACUAUCUCCUCAAUGGUUCAAGAGGAAGCUGAUCAUCUUCUCAUGGAGGCAGCUUUAAAUGGUGGUCAGGUAGACGUGGCUAUAAAAUGCCUUGAAAAUGUUAUUACAAGGUGGAAGAGAAUAUCAUGGACAAGUCGAGGAGGCAUGGUUGCACUACGCGUAGAGGCCUUAUUAGGAUUCACCAAAUCAAGAUUGAGUCCUUAUCUACUUCCUCAGGUAUUGACAAGUGAACCGAUUGAGAGUGUCAUGAUGCCCUUUGAAGCAGCUCGGCCACUAAAUGGGACCGUGCACUUGAACAAAGUGGUUAUGCGUUUCUUUAGGGAUUCAGUGGUGCCCAUUGUAGAUGACUGGGGUAGCUGCAUCGGAGUAUUGCACCGUGAAGACUGUAGAGAGAUGAACGCCCCUCUUUCGUCGAUGAUGAGAAGACCGCCUCCUUGUGCUACUACUAGGACAUCGAUCGGCCAUGUGGUGGAUCUGAUUAUGAAGUACAGAUAUAAAAUGGUUAUUGUAAUAAACCACAGCUCAGUAUAUGGUGGUACUGCUUCAAGAUUGAGGGCAGUUGGUGUUUUUACAGCUGAACAGCUGUGUAAUCUUGUCACACCAGAAACGCCAGGACUGAAAUUUUCUUUAGGUAGAAACCUGAUUAACAAUCUACAGAGCAUGAAACUAUAGCCUCCUUGUAAAUUCAAUUUUUGUUAUAUAAAUAUGAUUGCAGUGAAAAUAGUAUCCUGAAAGGUGCUUGUUUAUACCCUGCUAUGAAGUCUUGUGGCAAUAAUAGCUGUUUUGGCUGAUGCAUUGGCCAAUUUGGCCUUACCAGAAAACAGCUCAAGAGGGUAAAUUCAAGGAACGAGGCUGUUAGUAAUUUGGAAUUUUACUAGCAUCUGUUGGCACGAGUAUAUGCAAUUCUGGUAAUUCUUGGGUGAGACUGUAAGACCGUCAUGUAAUAUUUGCUGUGAGAUUCAUAUUAAUCAACGUGCACCCAUGUGAAACUCGUAUAUUCAAGAAUCUCUAAGCAGGCCCAUAGCUUGAUAAACAUGAACCAUUAUUUGGGCUUUGUAACCCAAAUACAUUGAAUAUUUGAGAUCGUUUUCCAAUCUUUUUAAUUGACAUAUUUCUUUUAUUUAUAAUCUUAAUGGUGUAUUUCAGAAAAUCUCAAUAGGUGAUGCAGAAAACUUGACAAAAAAACAAGACCAAUGUGAAGCACCUUUAACAAAGGCUUCCAUCAGCCAAAAUUCAAUUAAAGAUUUAAGAAUCAAAUAAUCUAUUUUGUAAAAGCAAUUUUUGUAAAACCAAAAAUAAUCAGAGCCGUUGAUGCAACUGACAUAAGUAGAUUUUACCAAAAAAAUAAAAGAGAUAAAAGAAAAAGCCACUGUGCUACUGCUUCCCAAAACGCAAGGCAAGCCACUGGGAAACACAGGAAAUGAAUUGAACCCUCCACUGGCCACUGCAAAACCCUAAUUAACGAAGACACAGUGAGUGAGAAUGGCGCUCAAAGGAAAGGAGACGAUCAAGAGCAUGAUGAGGAAAUUCGGAGACAAAGCCCUAACUCCGCGACUGAAGGAGGAGGUGAAGAAGAAAGGCAUAAUGGGAGACAAAACCCUACCUCCGCGAUUGAGAGAGGAGCUCAAGAAGCAAGGCGUACCCGACUCCAAAAUCAUUAUGGGUCGGGCCAAACGUGGCAUCUACGCUGGCCGCCACAUCCAGUUUGGCAAUCAAAUCAGUGAAGACGGUGGCAACAAGUCAAGGAGGACAUGGAAGCCAAAUGUGCAGGAGAAGCGUCUCUUCAGUUACAUCCUUGACCGUCACAUUCGGGUGAAAGUCACCACCCAUGCUCUCCGUUGCAUAGACAAAGCAGGUGGGAUUGAUGAGUACUUUCUGAAAACUCCUUACCAGAGGAUGGAUACAGAAAUGGGUCUCGUUUGGAAAGCCAAAAUUGAAAAGCUUUAUGAAGAGGUUCGGCAGACACCGGUUGCGUUAAUUAAACCUGAAGCUGAAGCCAAUUUGGAACAGAAAUUCAAACAACUAAAACUAGACGAGAGGGACGUCAGGAGAGAGAUGUACGGUUGGUCAAACAAACUAAAACAGAUUGAGGAAGGAGCUGACAACCAAGUAGCUGAUGAGGAAGGUGCAAGGAUUGGAGAACAAAGCUCUCAUGUUGAUGUUCCGGAGCAGUUGGUUGCAAACUCCUGAGUUUGGAGCUCGUAAACCAGCUUGGGAAUGUUCUCGUUUUUGUCAGCUACUUCCGGUUUUUAGAGUUUUGUUUCUCUUCAGGGUUUUUAGAGAGAAAUCGUAGUAGUAGCCGAUCCUGAUAAGCCGAAAUUUGUUCAUCUUUUCCCAUUAUGGAAAUUCACAUGACAGUCCUGUUGGUUUCAUAUACAAUUUUGUACUAAAUAAUUUCUAUAAUCUGCUGCUCAUGAUGAUCCCCUAAAUGGGGUUCAUGAUUCAUUAAGCUGCCUCACAAGUAAACUACUUUGCUUUCGCUCACUCAUCAUAUUGGUGAUGAUGUUUCUAUAACUAAAGAGAAAAGAAAAAUAAAUUAUGAUGUACUUAGAACCGUGUGAGCAUUCAAUAUAACUCGUGUGCUUAAAGCUUUGUGUUUCGUCUGUUUCCGUGUUUCUUUUAGCUCAAGGUGAGCUCUAAUGCUCUGUUCUUCUGUAUUUGGUAACACAAGAAACUCGAAAACAAAAGAAACACGGCUUUAAGAAAAACAGGACAUGAUCGCCUUUUUACCAACCCAAAAGUAGAAUAGGUUUUUUUUUUCUUUUUCCCAAAAGGGAUUAGGGGGGUUGUUUCAAAUGACCUUUGAAAUCCAGAAACGCCAUAAAUUUUUGAAGUUUAUAACCAAGACAUUAGUGAAAAGUCAUAUCAAUUUUUAAAGUUUAUGGAAACAGGAUAUUUGUUGUAUACCUCAAGAAUUAGAGCCGUUGCAAGUUACAGCCAUUUAGGCUUUUUAGCCAGCACCACCUUCAAAUUUCUUGUAGUGCAAAACUUAUUUAGCAAGCAGUGGGCCCCAUGACAACCAUUCUCUUCUUCUUCAUUAGCAAAAGAACAAAAAGAACAGAAAAACAAAACAAAAAACCAAGCUUAUGUUCUUCUACUUCUCUCUGUCACACUAGCCACCACCCUCCCUUCUCUCUUCCCAUGUACCUCACACACAAUUUACAUAGCUGUAAUUCUUUAUAAAAAUAAUCUAAAAUAAUAAUUAACAAAUAGCUGGAAGCUGCAGCCUUCACGUUCAAACACGCGUCGCCUAAUCAUUUCCAACACGCUUUCUAGUAAACCACAUAACCAAACAGUUGCUUGCUCAAGAAGCUUCUCUCCCAUGUCUAUAAAAACCCUUCACUCCUCACUCCAUAUGCAACAAUUUUGCAUCAGCUUCUCACUCCAACAAGACCACAGCAAAAAUGGGCAGGCAAAGUUCGUCACUUGUAAGCCACCUGAAGAGGGCAGUGAAGAAAUUAAACCUCAUUUUACUUGGCUUUAAGUUAAACCGAUGGAAAUUGGCUUCAAUCCUUGCUUGUACUAACAGAGCUUCUGCAAGGCAGUGCUUGAGCUUCAAUGACAGUUUGGGUUUGUAUGGCUGCAUUGAAGAUGAUAAGGCCGAUGAGAAUCGGUGUUUUAGACGGGUUCUUAGCACAAGGACCCAUGAUCGCGCUUCGGAUGAUGAUGAUGAUGUUGAUCACCGGGCUGAUGUUUUCAUUGCGAAUUUUCGUCGUCAGCUGAGGUUUGAGAGACAGGUUUCUUUGGAGUUAAGGUACUGCAGAAGGGAUAGCUUCUAGAAGAAAUUAGUUAAUUAUGAAGGAAGCUUCUAAAAUGAAUGGUCAAUUGGUCAUGGUGUGCCAAAGAACCAAGGAUGAUAAUGUGAGAGACAAAGGGUGGCCUGGCCUCUAUAUGGGGCACCAAGAAAAGUAUCUCAUAUAUGGCAAAGUUCAGUUCUAAAUUCUUUUUGUCUUUCAUUUUUUCUUAUUGGGAUUUCGAUGUUUUGUUGCUGAUACUUUAUCAGGCAGCUCUCUCAAAUGGGAAGCAAUUCGGAUGUACGUUUCCAAACUUGAAUAAUAAAACUAUUGGUCGUUUAUGUA